CGGCGUGUUUGUGCUCUUGGAUUAGCGACGCGCGUAUUCCACGAGCGAGUGCACGCACGCACACACGCACGCACGCACGCGUGUACGUACAUACGUGUGUUCGCUCGCAUCGUGUGUUUGCCCCCGUCGCCAUUGCCAUCAUUGCUGAUAUUCGUCGCGAUGCGCGUUCGCAUGCAGAAUACAUUAAGACUUCUCGGAAGCAACUAGCCUCGAAAAGUCGCACUUGGCAUUCUCGAGUGACUCUAUAGCGCGCGAGUUCCUCCGUCGUAGAUCAAACAGUUGUUGCUCGCAGGAGUUGUCGCUCGCGACGGGCCGAGAUCCUCUUCCGUUGAGCGGAACUCGCUCCCGGAGCACGAUGAACAGCCGCCUGCUGCACACGUCAUUGAGGCCCACGCGAAGGAAUCCUGUUCACGACGUGCGUACUCCAUUCAUGAAGAGGACGUUGCGGUGUCAUAAGAUAUCAAAGUAGUGGUCACGUAUCCAGAAGUGACAGAAUUCUUAAAUGCUCCCAAUGGCUCUUUAGUUGGUGGAUAUAUACAUAGUACCAAAGAUACAAGAAUAAAGGAAACGGAAACAUGGAUAGAGGGCAUAAUGCUACCUACGCAAGAGAUGAUAACCACCUACUCGAAUACUGGGAGGAGUAUCAGAAGAUGAUAGAGGAAACAAAAAUGUUGGAUGAUUACUUGGAUGAAGAAUGCAGCCCACGAUGUUAUGAUGAGGGGGAAGAAGAAGCAGAAUGGUUACGUGCGGCGGGUUUAGAGCAGUUAACGGAAGCAUGGAAAGCAGGUAGAGAAGUACAACCAGAAGAAUUAGGAGCAGUUUUACGCCCUCUGUCGCGAGCCCAGGCAGAAGCUGUGAAACGUCGCGUAAAAUCGCUUAAUCACACGGUUAAGCAACGUUUCAACCAGCGUCAACGUGUUCGUAAACCAGACAUUCGAGAUGUCUUUAAAGAUGUAGAGGUGUCCAGCACAGGUACACGGUCACGUAGCGCUACUCCCGAUUCGUUAGAUUCAGUUCCAGGUGCUACACCAGAAAAUGCAUCACCUCCUUCACCUCCAACAGUCACGGUGAUUGAUCAUCCUCAUCAAAACGCUGUUGUCCCGAAUUUUGUGUCCAUAUUUCAUCGUACGUCGAAUGAGGGGAAAGCAACAGUUCGUAGGACACCAAGUGCACCACAAACAGUUCUUAAUUCUAUAUCAACGUCCGCUCCAGCACCUGUACCGGUACAAGAAAUUUUCAGGAGGACCGGCAAUUGGUCGAGAGGAGAUGUCGCAAAUGAUUCAGAAGGAAUUCAACUCACUGGCUACCAUAGAUUGGGAACGAUACAUGUUUCCAGGCCGAUUCAAAGGCACAAUAAUGGCGGUCUCAGCGAUAUAGCAAAUACGGCGCGUUUGGACACCGAGUCGGUUAAAAAACUGGCUGUACCAAAGGAAUCGACUCUCCGACGAAGUUCGGGAAGUCAUGCGACAGUGACUCGAAGUCAUAGCAGUUUAUACGGCAUGACUAGGCCGGCGGAUGAGAAUUUAAUAACUCAUCCGUUAAGUCGCACAUCGUCACACGGUCAUCUCAGUUUUGAAGAGAUGUGUAGAACCAAUGAAGUCAAGUCUGACGUGUGGCCUUCCGACAAUCUCGUAACUGACGACGAUUACUCUCGACAAGAGGUAGAACUACUGUCGCAACGAGAUCUCACGAGAUUGCAACCUUUAUUGUGGCUCGAGCUAACAGCUAUUUUUGAUAAAUAUAAUAUACCUCUUACGAGAAGAAAACCUAAUAAACGACGGAGGAAAGCUGGAAAUUUAUUCGGCGUCUCUCUGUCGACGCUACUGCUCAGGGACAGUCAAUUGACGAGCGAGGAGAAUAACAUACCACUAGUGUUCCAAAAGAUUUUUAACGAACUGACGAAACGUGGAGUAAAAGAAGAGGGCAUUCUUCGUGUUGGCGGCCAUAAACAGAAGGUAGAAAUGAUUUGCACGGAAUUAGAGACAGAUUUCUAUUGUAAACCAAAAGAGAUGGAUAAAUUGUUUAAACGAACUCCAUGUCAUGACUUGUCAGCCGUCUUAAAGAGAUUGUUGCGAGACUUGCCGCAACCUCUUCUCACCGUUGAGCUGAUCGACGCCUUUUACCAGAGUCACGGUGUCAAGAGUCCGCAUGAUUUGGUAUACUCUCUCAAUUUACUGACGUUAUUGUUACCUGUUGAGCACCGAUGCACGUUGGAGGCGUUGUUGAAUUUCUUGAAGUUGGUCAUCGAGAAUCAAGUGUGGAACAAGAUGUCGAUACACAACGUAGCGAUGAUAGUGGCACCGUCGCUGUUUCCACCGCGGUAUGUUCAUCCUCGAGACCGUGCUGACCUGACCGCUCAAGUCAAUAUGGCCGCCAUAUGCUGUCAAGUAACAGAAGCUCUGCUCAACAACGUCGACAAGUUGUGGUAUGUACCGACAGAACUUAUAAAUCAAUUGCGCCGGCAAUCCGAGGUAGAGAGAUAUCGUAAAUACAAGAAAAAGUAUUAUUGAUUACAAUUAGAUGACUUAAAAUAUUUAAUCGUAUAUGCGUAUAAUUUUACAUAUAUAACCCUAAGUAACAACGGUGCCUGCCUGCAAAUUAUGAGAUUUGCAGCUUUUCGUUUUGUAGGUUAUAAAUAAGACGUUUAGGUUAAUUAAAAUUAAUUUUUAUUUUUAUUUGAGCGUUAUUUAAGCGAUUAUUUUUUAAUAGUCGUUCAGAGUCAAUAUACCGUACCAUAUUUUUCACCUCAUUUUUAAUAUGCUUAUAAUCGUGUUAUUGCAUAUUGUAUUUACUGCAAGUUUGCACGUAUAUGUGCAAGUAAAUUAACAAUUUAUCCGUCUCGAGGUGCAAUAAUUUAGCAAAAUAGACUUUUCACAUUCUUGUCUAUAUAUUAGAGCAAUUACAUAUAAUUUAUACAAGAACAAUUUUCCGUUUAAUACAGACUAAAAGAAAAUUAUUUCUGUCCGGAUUUUACGUAAUGACAAAUAUUAAUCUGCAUAUUACGAUUGCGCAAUAAGAAGUAACAAUUCGUAUAAAAUAAUUUAAUAUGUUAAGUUUUUCGAUCGGGUGCUAUUCGGGUACCUUUCUCAGUUUAUUUUUUAAUCAGUAAUAUUUAUUUACAUAUGUUUAUCGAUAUGCUGUAUAAGAUAUGCUACUGUUAAUUUCGUACUUUACAUAAUCUUUUACAUCUUUACAUAAUCUUUACUUUACAUAAUUGUAUAAUACAAUACGAGUGGCAUUUCAGAUAGUAGUUGGUUUUAAGUUUCAUAAUUUAUUUUAUUAUUGUUAAUAACAAUUAUAGAACCUCAUUAGGUUGAUUAUAGUUUCAUUGAUCGUUACUCUUGUGUGUUUGAAAGUUCUCUUUUUAUUUUGAUUAACUUGUAGGACAGUUUAACAAACAUAGUCAUCAGGAAUAAUAUCUCGAUUAAUUUUGAAGUGGCCAUUAUGGAGUCAAAUUUGUCGUUAUAAUCACGGAAAUUCUGGUUGUUGUUUAUUUAUGUGAUUCUGAUUUUUGAUAUAUAAUCACGUCAGCUAUAUGUUUUCUUAUGAAAUCAAGUAAAACAGGAUUCCAAUAGGUUGACGUUUAUCUAAGAUCUCCAAUGGUGCGCGUCUCUAUCAUCGUGACAUAUUGUUUUCACAGGAAUUUUAGCGUGUCAUCUCAUCGUUUCAUACGCCAUAUUAUCUUAAGACAUUGUAUAUACCAUCUCGUAAGUUGUUAUUUGCGUUAAUAAAGUGCCAAAGAAAAUGA